AUGUCGAGUACGCCCGAUAGCCAGUAUGUUUAUUACAAACAGCGUCGUGAAUUUGGUCAACAAUUUAGCUUUGGUGAAAAAGAAGAGCUGUUGGUAUCGAUUCCACCCGAUGAGGAGAUUGCACGGCAGUACAAACCGCGUGACCCAGUUUCGCGUGGAACUCAAUUCGCCAAGCAAAUGAGUUGCAGUGAAGUGAACACCGAACGAGCAACGUAUGAAACGCACGGCAUCAAUCACACUGAAGGCGGUUGGCCAAAAGAUAUUUGCCUUUCGGAUCCAGAGCAAACCACACGCUACCGACGAAAAAUCGAAAAAGACGAAUUGUUCAUUUCAGAAGUCAUGAAUCUAACUAAGCCGAUGGAACAUUGCAUUUUUCAAAAUAACGCCAUCAAUAUCUAUGAAACUUUCUUUGAGAACUGUGAACCGGCUCCGCUGCUUGAACCAUGUUCGUCUCGAACACUCAACGUCUAUCGCGAUCCGUGCAACCCGAAACGUCCCGUCACACAUUUGUCAUGGUCUCCAGAUGGUGGUACCAAACUUGCAGUCUCCCAUUGUGAUACCACUUUUCAAACCGAUGCAAACGAUGUGGCUUGCGAUUCAUUCAUCUGGGAAGUUGAAAAUCCAAACACUCCGCUGUUGAAUUUGAAACCAACCAGUUCGAUUAUAUGCUUAGAAUACAAUCCAAAAGAUCCAGCCACUUUGGUGAGUGGUUUUCUAUCUGGUCAAGUUGGCGCUUGGGAUACACGAGUCGACAAGAGUUUGGUUGCAAUUAGCGAAAGAGAAGUGUGCCAUCAAGAAGCUGUCAAUUCGGUGUUGUGGAUAAAUUCGAAAACUGGAACGGAAUUUUUCUCAGGAUCAUUCGAUGGACGGAUCAUUUGGUGGGAUACCCGAAAAUUGAAUGAACCAUUGGAGAAACUGCUAAUUGAUCCGGUAAAAACGGAUGAUCAAGACAUUUCGCGGUCGUACGGUGUUACAGUUUUAGAAUAUGAAACCACAAUGCCCACCAAAUUCAUGUGCGGUACAGAUGUUGGCACGGUUUUCGUAUGCAAUCGCAAAGGGAAAUCGCCAAUAGAGAAAAUUAACUUUAGGAUAAAUACCCACCUUGGACCGGUUUGUUCGAUUGCGCGAAAUCCGAGUUUUCUAAAGAAUUUCCUGACAGUAGGUGAUUGGACGGCUCGAAUAUGGUCUGAAGACUGUCGUGAAAGUUCAAUUAUAUGGACAAAACACCAAUCCGUUCUAUUAACUGACGGCAUUUGGAGCCCAACUAAGUGUUCUAUGUUCUACAUUAGUCGAAUGGAUGGUGUUCUCGACGCUUGGGAUUUACUACAACAGCACAACGACCCAGUAUUAAGCAUCAAAGUAUGUGAUGAGCCAUUGCUAUGCAUGAGAGCACAUGAAAGUGGCCGAUUCAUUGCAAGUGGCAGUAAAAAUGGAGCAACUUUCCUAAUCGAAGUAUCCGAUAACAUGACGACGAGUCUAAAGAACGACAAAUCACUACUGACGGCAAUGUUUGAGCGAGAAAAUAAGAGAGAAAAGAUUUUGGAGGCAAAAUCUAGAGAAAUAAAACUUAAAGUAAAAACUGCCCAAGUUGCUCACGAUGAGUCCAAUGGUGAAUCCAAACUGAACAAAGCCAAUGCGAUUGAAGCAGCAUGUAAACAGGCUGAAGAAGAAUUUUUGGCGAACGUGCAAAAGGCGAAGGAAAAAUUGUGCCCAAGUAGAAUAAAGAAUAAAGAAAACGGCGGGAAGAAGGCAGCCGAUGGCGAUGAAAGUUUUUUAGAGGGAGAUUUACCUGAGUCGGAUUGA